UGUAGGAGUUUAUGAACGCUAUGGCGGCUCAUGCUAGCGAGCUUGAAAUUGCAAAGAAAAAUUUAACUGAUGCAAUUGGUGAUAAUGUCAAACAUUACUGGGCAAACCUGAAGCUAUGGUUCAAACAGAAGAUCAGUAAGGAGGAGUUUGACGUUGAGGCCCGUCGUCUAUUGGCACAGGAGAAUGUCCAUGUUCACAAUGAUUUUCUCCUGGCCAUUCUCACACGCUGCCAGAUCAUCGUCUCCACGCCAGAGGGCACUGGACCAUUACAGUGGCAAGGUGGCUCUGCUUCAAAGCCUGGCAAACCAAAAGGGAAGAAGAAAUGUUCCUCCAGACAGAAAUUUGAUCAUCGUUUCCAGCCUCAGAACCCUCUGAGCGCUGCCCAGCCCUUCAGUCCACGAGAGGUGGGAGGUGAAGAGGAGGAGCUGCGUCUCAGCGCCCACACACUCCUGCUGCCCACGCGGGGCCAGCUGGAGGCCCGCAUGAUGGUGACAGCGUUCGAGCUGGGCCUAGACAACAUCACAGACGAUGCUGUCAGCACCAUGAUCUAUGCCGUUGAGCACCACUUGAAAGAUGUCCUGACUGCUGUAAUCACCCGGAGGAAGGCGUAUCGGUUACGGGAUGGUCAUUUCCCUUAUGCCUUUGGCAGUGAUGUCACGCCGCAGCCUUAUCUGAAGAACAGCCUUGCUGCUUACCACAGUGUUACUGAAUGUCCUCCUCCAAGCGCUUCUCUCCCUGCUGGCCCACCACCUCAAGUGUCACCUGAUGAGGCUGAGCAACAAGCUGUCCACUUAUUGGCUUGUUCAGCUGACAGUCUUCCCGCGCCCCUCUCUCCAAUCAGCUUGUUUGAUCUCCUGGAGGCUUUACAGGUUCAUCAUGGUGUGAUGCCCUCCCACACUAUGUAUGCCCUCAACAUGGAGCGCAUCCUGUCGCGGCUCUGGCACCCGAGCCACGAAGAACUAGAACAAGACCAUGUCCACCGGCAACGCCUCGCUGCUAAAGAAGGCGUGCUUGUCAGCUGAGAACCACUGACACUGGACUGUAAAUGAACUGUGGAGAUCAUCAGGAACCAAACACAGAAAUAAUCCCCAAAUGGAAAUGAACGGGUAACGGUGUGUUCAGAAACCCUUGUAAAACCUGGAAAAUCACAUUAAUGUUGCACAGAAACAUAAGAGGAUGAGUGGAGCAAGAUGAAACAAAAUAGUUGGACAGUGGACACAGAGCGGGCCGUCGGCUCCAGCCAACAGCCAAUAGCUGGCAAAUUAGCACUGUGGCGGCUUUAUUUUUGUCUGGUCCACCAGCCAUUGUGGCAGUCGACCAGCCACCAUUUUCGACUUCUAUCAUAUAGUGAGAAUCUAAUUUUGCGGAUAUAAUACUUGUGUUUAAUUUCAGGAUAUAACAGCAGCUACAAGCUCUGGCCAGGAAAUAAGUUUCCAGCCUAGGUUGCACAGUGUCAAUGUUUAGGUGUGUGUGGGCAAGAAGUCUGAGUAGAGAGAAACAUGGCUGUGUUGCCUGCAGUUCAUCUUGUACAUAUUGUCAGAUAUGCACCACGUGUUGAUAAAAACACCCUGUAAGAAAACACAACAGCCAUAUCUAAUCAUGUAGCAUUGUGUACAUGACCAGGUCACCACAUACUGCACGUACCAAUUUAAAAAAUCCUCGCAGGUGUUUUUAAUUAAACUGGCUGAUUAGACCUCAUGUCAGGCUGAAGUUGGAGGCGACGCUGUGAUGAUAAUUAGCUCUAAUUCCAUGAACCAAUAAGAAUGAUAAAGAUUUUCUUAACAGGUGCAGCAGAUGUCAAUCAAGCAUCCUGAGGAGGUCUAAUCCAGGAGUAAGUGAAAACACCUGUGUGGUUUUACUGUGGGGGUGUGGGGUCUUUAAAAUCACCCAGGCACAGCUGUCUCCUCCUGCCCCUCAUAAACCUACUCAAGUAUUCCUACAACUUUCAGUGGUGUCCCUCAGUGUUAGUGUGCACAGAUUAAGCUGAAUCUUUAAUGUCUCAGUGCACUUGAAUAUUUGUCCGCCAUGUUUGUCUAGUUCAGGUUAAAAUAUGUAUAAAUUUGUA